UGUUGACAAGUUGCAGUCGGUGAUAAUUGAAAACUGUAAUAAUUUAUCAUAAAUAGUGAUAGCUGAAAGAUGUUGAUAAAAGUGAAGACCCUCACUGGAAAAGAGAUUGAAAUAGAUAUAGAACCUACCGAUAAGGUAGAGAGAAUUAAAGAAAGAGUGGAAGAGAAAGAAGGAAUACCACCACAGCAACAGCGAUUGAUAUUCUCUGGCAAACAGAUGAACGAUGAAAAGACGGCGCAAGAUUAUAAAGUCCAGGGAGGUUCGGUAUUACAUUUGGUACUUGCAUUGAGAGGAGGUUGCAAAUACAUUCCUCGUUUAUAAACGAAUAUAAGAGAAUAUUAAUUAAAUGUGAGAUUAAUAGGAAGGAAAAACAAUAUGUUCAUCGCUGGUGUAAGCGCAUCUGUGCUGAAGGAGGAGUCUAUGUUAUUCUAUGUGAUAGAAUAACGUAGAAUCUACGUGUGAUCUUUAUAUCUAAAUAAAUAUUUAAUAAAAUAUAA